ACUAUAUAACAAAUAAUUUGAGGUCAUAAUGGUUGACGAAGUUCUCACUGAUGGGUCGGUUUAUGGUGUUUCGGGACCUGUGGUCACAGCCCAACACAUGGCUGGUGCUGCUAUGUACGAGCUAGUUCGUGUUGGACACGACCAGUUAGUUGGAGAGAUUAUUAGACUUGAAGGUGGUUUCGCUACUAUUCAGGUGUACGAAGAAACUAGUGGCGUGUCGUACGGUGAUCCUGUUAAACGUACUGGAAAACCUCUGUCUGUUGAGUUGGGACCUGGAAUAAUGAACAGUAUUUACGAUGGAAUCCAGCGUCCACUUGAAGUAAUUGGUAGGAACACAGGGUCCAUCUACAUCCCGCAUGGAGUCAAUGUCCCCGCCUUGGACCGAGAAAAGAAGUGGGAGUUUACACCUGAUCCUAGUGUAACUGUUGGCUGCCACAUCACCGGAGGUCACGUGUUUGGCACCGUGCCAGAAAACACCCUCAUAACCCAGAAGAUAAUGUUAAUUCCUAACGCUAAAGGAAUUGUAACAUUCAUUGCCCCUAAAGGGAAGUACACUGUGAUAGACACUGUGUUGGAGAUAGAGUUCGAGGGAAAGAAGUCCCAACAUUCCAUGAUGCAGGUUUGGCCGGUGAGAACUCCCCGCCCAGUAGCGGAGAAGUUAGCAGCCAACAACCCGCUCCUUACUGGACAGCGAGUACUGGACGCCCUAUUCCCAUGUGUACAGGGAGGUACCACAGCCAUCCCCGGAGCGUUUGGGUGCGGUAAGACGGUAAUCUCGCAAGCCUUGUCCAAGUACAGUAACUCUGACAUCAUCAUCUAUGUGGGGUGCGGAGAGCGGGGUAACGAGAUGGCGGAGGUGCUGCAGGAGUUCCCUGAGCUGGAACUGGAGCUGAGGGGAGAAGUCCAUAACAUCAUGAAGAGGACUUGCCUGGUAGCCAAUACGUCCAAUAUGCCUGUCGCUGCCAGAGAGGCUUCUAUUUACACAGGUAUUGCUCUAGCUGAGUAUUUCCGUGACAUGGGAAUGCACGUGUCCAUGAUGGCAGACUCCACCUCCAGAUGGGCUGAAGCUCUGAGAGAGAUCUCAGGUCGUUUAGCGGAGAUGCCAGCUGACAGUGGCUAUCCUGCCUACCUCGGCUCCAGGCUCGCCUCCUUCUACGAGCGUGCAGGUCGCACACGUUGUCUUGGUAACCCAGGUAGAGAAGGGAGUGUGAGUAUUGUCGGGGCUGUGUCUCCUCCUGGUGGUGAUUUCUCUGAUCCUGUUACUAGUGCUACUCUUGGUAUCGUACAGGUGUUCUGGGGUCUGGACAAGAAACUAGCUCAGAGGAAACAUUUCCCGUCUGUUAAUUGGCUGAUCAGUUACAGCAAGUACAAGAUGACACUCGAUGAUUACUACGAGAAGAAUUACCCAGAGUUUGUAUCUCUGAGAAACAAGGUGUCUGAGAUUCUCCAAAAUGAGGAGGACUUGUCUGAAAUUGUGCAGCUGGUGGGUAAAUCUUCGUUGGGAGAGACUGAUAAGAUUUGCUUGGAGAUCGCUAAACUGAUCAAGGACGAUUUCUUGCAGCAGAACGGAUUUACUGAUUAUGAUCGAGUGUGUCCAUUCUAUAAAACAGUGGGCAUGAUUGACUAA